AUGGAGGCCCAAGCGUCGUUACCGGAGCUCCUGCGCGUGGUCGCCAGGCAGCACGCAGAUAUCUUGCGACUGGCCGAAGCACAUCGGUCCGAACUUGAGGGCUCGCUGGCAGCUUCCUCGCAGAGGAGUUCAUCAGAUGCCAUCAGUGGAGACCCAGGACUGACCGGCAUGACUGCGCUGGGUAAGGUCAAGGCCGUCGAGCAGCCGAUGGUGUCAGAAAGCUUGGAUCCAUUUCCGGCCAUCAUGCUCGCUGACACGUUCGCAGGGCAGGAGGUUUCAUCCCCUCGCCGAGACCCGGAAGACGAAGAGCCCCAGAUGUGUCCUCCAACUCUUUCCACGAAGAGGCCAUCUCAGUGCUCCUCAGGAGGCGAUACGGAGCGAGAAACUUCUACGUCCCACUACAUAGGCCCCAUGAAAUCUUUCGACAAAGUCAAAGCCGUGGACUUCCAUUUGCAGGAAAUCAGCAAAUCGCUGACCUGGGGAAGAGUUCGUCACAUUCUUGACUUCGUCGCCGGUGCGUUGGUGAUUUUCAGCUGCUUGCUGCUCCUUCUGGAGCUGGAGGUAGAAGGCCAAAUUAUUGGAGCCAACGCUGGCUAUCUGGUAGAUGUGGACCCAGUGCUCUUGAAAGGAUGGCUGCCUAUUUUCGAGACAGCGGAUGUCGCGUUUAUGACCAUCUUCCUUCUGGAGCUUCUCAUGCGGGUGCUGGCUGAGUGGCCACGCUGGCAUACAGACUACGCAAACCUCUUCGACGCGGUCCUUGUGGUCGUUGGGUUUAUCGAUUUAUUGGUCAUGACUCCGGCCAACUACGGCGCUCCCAAUGCCAGUGCCCUGCGGAUUGUCAGGACGUUAAAGUGCGUCCGCGCAGUUCGUUUAAUGCGAACAUUCAGGUUCGUCAAAGGCUUGCGCUUACUGGUGCAGGCUUGCCAGUGCUUUUUGCCUUCACUGUGCUGGUCCAUGGUCCUGCUGGCCGUGUUCAUGUCGAUGGGUGCUUUGGUGAUGGGGAACCUUCUCCUCAUCUUCGUAGAGAACCAAGAGGCAAACCCCGAAGAUCGACUGUGGAUUUGGACGCGGUAUGGCACGGCUUACCGUGCGCUUUAUACACUGUACGAGGUAACCUUCGCAGGGAACUGGCCUACAAACGCAAGGCCUGUGAUGGAGAAGGUGAGCCACGCGUACGUUUUCUUUUUCCUGUUGUAUGUCACGCUUGUGGUCUUCGCCGUCAUCCGGGUGAUAACGGCGAUUUUUUUGAAGGAUACGCUCGACGCCGCUCAGAAUGACGCCGAGCAGCUGGUUGUGGACAGAAUGAACAAGAAAGCCAAAUACGUGGAACAGCUGGAGGCUGUCUUCAAGGCCAUUGAUCAGCGUGGUGAUGGCACGGUUACCGAAGAGAGGCUCAACGAGCUGCUCUCCCACCCACAGGUCGCGGCUUACUUCAACGUCCUCGACCUUGAUGUGCAGGAAACUUCCGUGUUUUUCCACAUCAUUGACAAUGGUGAUGGCGAGGUGACGCUGGACGAGUUCAUUGAUGGCAUCCUCCGAUGCAAAGGCAAUGCCCGGGCAGUGGAUUCCAUGGCUAUUCGGGCAGAUCUGAAGAAGCUGACGACCAAGGUGAACAAGAUCCAGAGGACGUUGAAGCAGCGCAGCAGUCAGUCUGAGGCUGUCUUUUGA